CUGCCCAACAGGGUGUAUUGGAUUUAUCAGGGGGUGGAGGAAGGGGAUGCCUGGCUUCACAUUUCACAUGGAUGCCCUAAGCAUGGCUAACCAUGCACAUACAAUUCACUGCCCCUAGGUCACUAGGCUAUGGGAUCAACUACCUUUUAUCUUCAUUCAAAUGAACAGACUGUUUAGGCUUACUGUACAUUAAAUGUGAUAAAAGUAGCAUACUGAUGAAAUCAUCACAUAUAAAAGAGGAAGAUUUAGUCUUUAUAAAUGCGGACACUCUCUCUUUAAAAGAGUUGAAAACAUCAUGAAUGAUGUUGGAUAGAAUUCGAGGAUAAGAUUGGAGGUAGGGACAUAUGAUGACCUUGGAGAUAAGAAGCACGAUGUCACCGCCAGGUAAUAUGCCGAAAGAAAGCAAGUCACGCAGUGUUGAUAGUACAGCUGCACUCAUAUAAAAGUAAAGAUAUCGGUCUAGUUUGUCCAAAUCUUUUGUCGUGUUUCCAGUCUGUGCAGGACGACUUCAGUAGCCCGUACUGCUCAGAAAGGAAAGCAUGACUGCGCAGAAUAAAGAGGAGUUCGCAGGAAGGCUGGAUGACAACAGUUAUGAACUAGAGACCCUGGCCUGCCACGUGGGGCAGAAUCCGCAGCAGCAUCAUUCGCGUGACAUCGUGGCGCCCAUCUCGCUGUCCACAACGUUCGCCUUGGAUGAACCGCAGGACCACAGUAGAUACCGAUACACCAGAGUUGGUAAUCCAACACGAAACAGCCUCCAGGAAUGCCUCGCUGCAAUAGAAGGAGCAAAACACGCCUUCGUCUUCUCAUCGGGGAUGGCAGCUACACUGAACAUCAUGUUUCUCCUACGUGCUCACGAUCACGUGGUUUGUGGGGCAGACGGCUACGGCGGUACAUACCGGUUUUUCGCUCAAUGUGCAACAAGAAUGGCCAUAGAAACAACCUUUGUGGACUUCGCGGACUUAGAAGUAUUUCGGAAAGCUCUUCGGCCAAAUACCAAGCUGGUCUGGCUUGAACCCGUCUCUAACCCCUCCACGACGGUGGUGGACGUGGGGGCCGUGGUGCAGAUGACCAGGAAUCACGCUCCGCACGCGCUCAUUGUGGCCGACAACACCUUUCUCACACCCUGCUUGCAGAAACCUCUGGAGUAUGGCGUUGACAUAGUCCUCUAUUCUCUAACAAAAUACAUGAAUGGGCACUCCGAUGUUCUGAUGGGGGCUGUUGCCCUCAACGACGACACUCUUGCUGCAGAAUUCAAGAAUCUUCAGGACUGGAUGGGGAGUGUUCCGUCGCCGUUUGACUGCUUUCUGGUGAACCGUGGUCUGCGAACGCUUCCGCUGCGCAUGCUGAGACACGGUGACAGCGCCCUGCAGGUGGCGCAAGCACUGGAGAAGAACCCGCGUGUUUCGCGCGUGCUUUACCCAGGUUUACCAUCACACCCUCAGCAUGAGCUGGCUAAAAAACUGCUGAAGGGAAACUGCGGAAUAGUCAGCUUUAUCCCCAAAGGAAACCAGGAACAAACCGUCGCCUUCGUGAAGAACUUGAAGAUCUUUACCCUGGCCAUCAGUCUUGGAGGACACGAAAGCCUCGCGGCAAUGCCGUGUUACAUGACUCAUGCGUCCGUCCCGACAGAUGAGCUCCUGGCUCUGGGCAUCACUGACAACUUCGUGCGCCUCUCGGUGGGCCUGGAAAACCCACGUGACCUCAUAGAUGAUCUCGAGCAGGCUAUACUCAAAGCGAUUCCAGAUGUACAGUGAGAGAAAAACCCAGAAAACAUGAGUGCAGCCUCUUUUAGAAGUGCCACUCCCUCCCCAGAAAGGAACGAGAGCAUAAAGAAGUGAGACAAAGAAGUAAGCCUACAGAUGCUGGUAACUGAUAAAUGGAGACAAGAAGCAGUAGAACCUUUUCGACCGAAGAAGAUACUUUCCCUAGCAGUAUCAGUAGAUGCAGGUGUUGCAAAAAUAUAUUUCAAAUUCAGCUAUGUAAACAUGUAUUAUGUUACACAAACAGUCACUCAGACGAUAACUCACUCCACGAACGGACGCACUUGGUCCACAUGCUUAGAACAGUGAAAUGCGGAUUCCAUAUUUCCCAUUAAGGGAGUAUAUACCUGUUGAAAUAUAUAUAUAACGGCUUUCCACCAGUCCUAGUAUCCUAGCAGUUUCUCUACACAGGGUCGUAAGGUCAAGGGUCACGUAAACCUAAAAAGUGUGUGUGUGUGUGUGUGGGGCGGGGCAGAGCAAUAGCUGGAAUGGCAAGAGAUAGAUAGUUACAUCUGACAUCUGCAUACGUCUGUACAUAUCUCUGGUUUCUUGCAUUCGUGUACAAAAAUUAUUCAGAAUUUGGAGAGCUUGGCGCCGGCUUCACGCCCAGCAGCAGAGGCCAUGCGAGGUAAAAAAUAUUCGCAUUAAGGAGCCAGGCACUGUAGGAUAUUGUCCCUGCUCUACCUGCAGAUAUAGUUAACACUAAAGUUUCAGGUACUUACGACCUCAGCCUCCAAAACUUACCUUACAAAUACCAUUAAAUUUACACCUGUCAGCAAGAUCCGACUUUUAAGCACCACGAGCAGGCGAUAAAUAGACGGCAUCUUACCGAUUAAGAUAGGGUAGAAGCACAUAAAGGCAGGGCGGAUUUUUUUUAAGUUGGGGGAAUGGGGGUUGAGGAAGCGGGGAAAGGUUGGGGAAAGGAAAGCCAAAGUAGAAGUAGACGAAGGAGAGCGUGCAUCCUACGCAGACUGCAAAUAACCGCGGGGUAACGAGUUUCUGCCCUCCAUCUUGGAAACACAGGAGUGUGACGAGCCAAGGGAGAUAAUGGGCAUCGCGGUGGGCGGAGUUAGCUCCCCUGUGCGAGUGUGGCCAGCACCACCUGCUUGUGUCAGCAAAGACAAGCAUCAACGGAUCUAACGAGGGCCCCUCCUCCUUCAUCUCCUCCUCUCCUUUCGUCCGUCUGUUGUUUCCAACUAUCAAACGAUUCACCCCAGGGAUGUCAAAAGUAAACAAAUAAAGACAAAUUGUUAGUUACCAAAUAGCAAAAUAGGCAUGCAAUAACUUUUAUAUAAUAAUUAUGUCAACUGUGUAAUGAUAUAAUAUUUAAUCAUUUGUACUAUCAUGUAUCAAAUAUUAUUAUGACAUAACAAAUGAAACAAUAUAAGCAUAAUACAUAGACAAAAAUC